GGGCCCGCGGGGUUUUACACGGCUCAGCACAUCCUCAAGCACCACGCCGGGGCCCGAGUGGACAUCUAUGAGAAGCUGCCGGUUCCCUUCGGGCUCGUCCGUUUUGGGGUGGCCCCAGACCAUCCCGAAGUGAAGAACGUGAUCAAUGCCUUCACGCAGACGGCGCGCUCGGAGCGCUGCGCCUACUAUGGAAACGUCACCGUGGGGAAGGAUGUCACGGUGGCAGAGCUGCGGCAGGCUUACCACGCCGUGGUGCUGAGUUACGGUGCUGAAGAUAACCGGGUCCUGGGGAUCCCAGGGGAGAACCUCUCCGGCGUUUAUUCGGCCCGAGCGUUCGUGGGCUGGUACAACGGGCUGCCCGAGAACCGGGAUCUGAAGCCCGACCUGAGCUGCGAGACAGCGCUGAUUCUGGGUCACGGCAACGUGGCGCUGGAUGUUGCCCGGAUCCUCCUGUCCCCGCUGCAUCUCCUCAGGAAGACAGACAUCACUGACAGCUCCCUGGCAGCUCUUGCCUGCAGCAAGGUGAAGCGCGUCUGGCUGGCUGGGAGGAGGGGACCUCUCCAAGUUGCUUUCACUAUCAAGGAGCUGCGGGAGAUGAUAAACCUGCCUGGUGCCAGACCUGUCUUGAACCCUGCUGACUUCACAGGCCUCGAAAACGCUAUUAAAGAUGCCCCCAGGCCCAGGAAGCGACUGACUGAGCUGAUGAUCAAAACAGCCCUAGAGAAGCCUGGGGAGAAGAUGAUGGAGGUGCAGGCGGUGGUGGCACAGGCAGCAGCCCCCCGGGAGUGGGGCCUGAAGUUCCAGCGCAGCCCCCAGGAGGUGCUGCCCACCACUGACGGGAGGCGGGCGAGGGGCGUCCGCAUGGCCCUGACCCGCCUGGAGGGCUCGGGGGACUCCGCCAAAGCCGUCCCCACUGGAGACGUGGAGGAGCUGGAGUGCGGGCUGGUGCUCAGCAGCAUUGGCUACCAGAGCCGGCCUCUGGACCCAGCGGUACCCUUCGACACCCAGCGCGGCGUUAUCCCCAACAGCUCGGGCAGAGUGGAGGGUGUCCCAGGUCUGUACUGCAGCGGAUGGGUGAAGAGAGGACCCACGGGCGUGAUCAUCACCACCAUGAAUGACAGCUUUGACACUGCCCAGUCUGUGCUGGAGGAUCUCCAGGUGGGCGUGCUGGACGUGUCCGCCUCCAGAGAAGGCUUUGGGGCCGUGGAGAGCAUCCUGGGCAGCCGAGGGGUCCGUCCUGUUUCCUUCUCGGACUGGGAGAAGAUAGAUGCUGCUGAAGUGGCAAGAGGCAAAGCUGCUGGCAAGCCCCGGGAGAAGAUAGUGGAUCCUCAGGAGAUGCUGCAGUUGAUCGGUCGCUAAAGCGGCAGCGGUGGGAAUGUGGCACUGCUCCCGCUGGUGCUGUCCUGGGGCAACGCCAGUGGGUUACGGGCAGGGCCCGGGAGAGCAGGGCUUGUGGCCGCUCUGGGGAGGUGUGUGACACUUGAGCCUUUCUAGUAACGAUGAACUCUGGAUUCCUAAAGCGAGUCUUUCAAAACAUCUGAGACUGCUGGCUGGCCCUGCAUCUCUGCAGCCGGCUGCUGCCCCUGGGGCGAUUCUCGUCAUUCGGGUCCUUCGAGCAUUAACAAAUUGGCCGGCAGAGGCGAGGGGAGAUGUGCACCUGGCAGGAGUCCUGGCCAGGCACUUUCCCCAUGGCAAGUCGCGUAGAGAAACUUCCUUGUGUCUUGCUGCCUCCCCUUCAAGCCUCAAGCCAAAUGGCUCUGUUGCCUUGUCAUUCGUGCCCGAGCAGGCUUCUUUUAAUAAUUGUUUUUUAAAUAAACCCUUCCAGG